GCAGCGAGCACCCUUUGCGCGACGACACUCCACCGCGUAAUUCCAACCCGACGACACUCGAAGCGACGAAACGCUGCCCCGAGAAGCAUCAUUUACGGACCCCGGAGCCGCAACGGACGACAACCGACACCGCUGUCGCGCGACGGAGAGCCUCGGGGCGAUUUUGCAGCAAUUGACGCGUCUUGGAUUUCGUCCAAGUGAGGGGCGCCACGGGCUGAGGAAAAAAAGGACGUACCUCGUCCAUGGGGGGCCCGGUCAACAAGCCUUUUGCGACGCGACAGCCUUCCCCUCCCACUCGGCGUUACUGGCCGGCGGUUACAACAUCAACCGUCGAAACUUGCCCGGCUACGCGGCAGCCACCAUCCCGACACCCCGAGAAUCGUCCCCUACCCGAAACCGAAUCGAUGUGUUUGCGCCUGAUGACCCGCCUUCCAUGACGACCUACAUACGUGCACGCCAGCCGCUAGAGGAUUUGAGCAUGAGCAAUCAGCCGGAGAGACGGUACAGCAAGCGCCUUGCGGCAGAUGCCGCAGUCUACGACGAGCAGGAUGGCGACUUUCUAUUCACCAGAGGCACGAAGCGCGCCAGGACGUCCUUGGCAUCGACCUCGGAACCGAGCCCGGCACCUGCACCCGCACCCGUGAGGAGGGCUGCGGGGCGGCCGAAGGCGGCGGCCGGCGGCCGGAAACGCGCGCCGUCACCACCGAGGCAGCAGCCCAUACACGAGGAGGAGACCCCUCCGCCCGCGCCAGCAGUGAGGAAACCGACCAGGCGAAAGCAAGCCGUCGCGUCACCUGUGCCAGAGGAACCGGAGCCACCACAGCUGGUCAUUCCAAAGACGCGAGGCACUAGGCAGGCAGCGGCAGCAGCAGCACCACCAAAGGCAGCGACAAAAGCAACGACAAGAACGACAAAGACGGCGACGGCUGUGCCGGUAGCAAAUGGGAGGAGAACGCGGUCGUCGAUGGAUAUGGAGGACGACGGUAUCGAUCCCGUCGCAGCCGCUCCACCCCCAAAACCAAGUCGAGGGAGACCGGCCAAGAAACGAGCGGCGCCAGAACCUGUGCAGCAGAGGCAGUUGGAGCCCGUGGCCACGCCUCGGGCGCAGAUGGACGCUGCAGGCCCGGAUAAUCCUGACGACGACCCCGACGGAGGAGGCGGCAGCAGUGUGGAUGGCGGCAGGAAGAUUGCCCUACCGUUCAGCGACACGCCCAUCAUGGACCGCAAUAAAGAGUUGCGGAAGAAGGGUGCGGCGAGCGGACGGCGGAGCAGUCUGGGGAUGCGGGGGCGGCGGGCAAGCUCUCUCAUCGAGAACGGCCACAGCGCGAUCCCGCACCGCGAAGUCGACCCGGCCGACUUCUACAAGCACAUUGCUGAGGGCUUGAUGGAGCCGCGCCGUAUGAAGCAGCUGCUCACGUGGUGCGGUGAGCGCGCAUUGCUGGAGAGGCCACCACAUGGCUCUGUUAAUUCUAAUGAAAUUUUGGGGGCACGGGCAAUACAAGACCAACUGCUCAAAGACUUUGGGAACAAGUCGGAAUUCUCGGACUGGUUCAAUCGAGAAGACCAGCCAACCGUGCCCGAGGUCAAAAGGCCAGUGGUGGUGAAGCCGAACCCAGUCAAUAUCGAGAACGAAAAGAAGAUCUAUGAUCUCGAAGCCAGCAUCAAGCAACUAAAACAAGAAAGAAAAAAGUGGCUGGCACUAGAGAAACCGCCACCAGAAUUUCCGUCACUAUUCGAGGGGGAGGACCCAACAAAGGCGCCCCUCCCGGACGAGUCGAUGCUCGACCCGGAAGAAGCGAGGAUGCUGCAGUCGCUGACGGACCCGGCGUUCGCCUUCUCGACCUUCAGGGGCAAGACUCAAUCGAGGCUGCGGAGCCUGCAGUCGUCGCUGGAAUUCGACAUCGACCAGCUGGUGGACGGCGUGCACAAGCUGGGCCAGCGCGUCGAGGUCGCUGGGCGGCAGGCGGACAGGGUACUGGCUCUGAGCGCGGACCGGCUCAAGGAGCGCGACGAGAGGGAAAAGGCGGCGGCAGGAACCAGGAAUCUUCCCGUCAUGGAGGUCCUCCGCAGCCUGAGCAGGAUAUUACCCGAAGACGAAGGCUGAGCACGCAGCUGAGGAUCGGGCAGGCAUGUCUUUUGUCGACUUUUCUUUUCUCGGUCUCCUCACGUCACCACCGCUCCCAUCACCCUUUCUUACCUUAUACCCAUCAUCUACUCCCUUUCGUAUCUUUCUUCCACGUUUGGGUUGUUCACGACAUGACGAAACGAGAUGAGCGUUCUGUUUCACCCCUUUUUCAUUUUUUUUUUUCAUGGUAGGAGUCGUGACUUAGGGUCUUUUCUACUUCACGUUCCUUUGGCAAGGCGUCUUGGAGAGGUUUCUAGGAACAUCGGCGGCGGUGAUACCCCCUGCCCUAGUCUGUCGAUGGAGGUCUUUUCUGCUUUUAUCUGGGAAAGGCGGGUGGGUCUUGGCUUUCAGCAGAAUUGGCUAAUCGCCCGGUGCCCCAGGGGAGGGGAAGAACUACCUACCCGGCGAGGGCUCGGUUUUUUCUUUUUUUUUUCUCACGCGGGUGACGUUUCACCCGAUUUACUUUGUUCCCUGGCAACUCUGUCGCGCGGGCUGCUUUCUUGUACAUAACACGCCGCGCCGGGCGAGGGCUCUUUCGCCCUGGACCCUGAAACCACCCAGGAGUAACACCUGACGGUUGGUUCUUGAUUCAUUAACUGUGACAAAACGUGCAGUUUGCCGUGCCGGACUAGGAGAGUUGGGGAGAUGGACAAACCGCACCUCUGGUAGUACAG